AUGGACAAUUUUGCUUCAUUUUAUAAUGGGCGUUUAGAAAGUAAUUCAUCAAAAAAUAAAAAUGAGUUAAAUAAAUGUUUUGAAAGACACUUUUUACAAUCCAAGUAUAAUAAUAUAGCCCACAUGUCGCCUAUAGAUAGAUUAAUUGCUAAAAAUCAACAAAAAAUGAAAAUGAAUUGUUCAUCAGUUAAAAAACCAUGUUCAAAUAAAAAAGAAAAUAUUGAUAAACAAAACAAAUCAAAGAAUAAAGAUACUAGUGUAUCUGCCACAAUUAGACCACGCAAGAGAAGGAUAAAUUGGAAUGAAACUUUUAAAGAAAAGAGAAGAAGUCGAAGAUUGAGUCAUUUACCUCCAAUUGAUGAAGACUUUAAAAAAGAAAUAAAAAAUGAAGAAUUUUGUGAAUCAUAUAGUAUUAAAAUAGAAAAAGAUAUAAAAUCUGAAAUCAAAGAUGAUACUGAUGAUAAUAUACAACAGGAUAACAAUUCAAAUUUAGUUUUAAACACAUCUGAUCCAAAUGUAUUAUCUAACAACUGCAUUCAUCAACAAGUCGAAUUUACACAAGAAAAUAAUUCAUUUUUUGGAAACACUAUAAAUGAUACAUUAAAUCCUUCUACAUAUUCUGAAAAUAAUUUUGCAUCAUUGAGCUAUACAUGUGAUAGCAAGACACCUCCAUGGGACACCUCUACAAAAAUUGCAAAUAUUGAACCAUCAAAUUUGAAUUUAAUUGCACAAGAAUUGAUUCAAGAUGAUUCCUCUAUCUGUUCAGAUGAGUUAUCUCAAGAAGACAAUUCAAAUUUUGAUUUUAACACAUUAUCUAACAAUCACACACCUCCACAAGUUGAAUUAAUACAAGAAAAUAUUGCAAUUUUUGAAAAUACAAUGAAUAAUUUGUUAAUUGACUCUAUAUAUUCUGAAAACAAUUUUUUACUAGCAGGAUGUAAUAAAACAAAUAAUUGUAAUUUCCGUUUAGAGCCUGACUUAACUUCAUCAAAAACUGCAUAUAACAAACAAACCAGUAUGAAUUUAGUUUACAACCACGAAUUGAUUUUAGAAACUGCAGAUAAUGAACAGACAAAUUUAGUUGUUAAACAAGAAUUGAAUCAAGAAACUGUAGAUUAUGAGGCUACCAAUAUUUAUAAUUAUCCUUACAAUAUUACUAAUAUUUAUGAUACUGAAAUUCAUGAGUCAGAAAGUUGUAGUCCCAAAAUAAUUGAAUGUUGGAGUUUUAAAACUAAUGAAAGACUUAUAUAUUCUGAAAUUGAAGAAAAUACUUCCUCAGGUACUACAACUGUUCAAAAUAAUGAUUUGAAUAAAACUCAAGAAAAAUCUCAUUAUAAAAAUAAUUUUGAAAAACCUAAAAUAAUUGCUUCCUUAAAUACUACAAAUGUUCAAGAUAAUGAUUUGAAUAAAACUCAAGAAAAAUCUCCUUAUAAAAAUAAUUCUGAAAAACCUACAAUAAUUGCUUCCUCGGGUACUACAAAUGUUCAAAAUAAUGAUUUGAAUAAAACUCAAGAAAAAUCAUCUCAUUAUAAAAGUAAUUCUGAAAAACCUACAAUAAUUACUUCUUCAAGUACUACAAAUAUUCAAAAUAAUGAUUUGAAUAAAAUUCAAGAAAAAUCUCAUUAUAAAAAUAAUUCUGAAAAAUCUACAAUAAUUGCUUCCUCAGGUACUACAAAUGUUCAUAAUAAUGAUUUGUAUAAAACUCAAGAAAAAUCUCAUUAUAAAAAUAAUCCUGAAAAAUCUACAAUAAUUGCUUCCUCAGGUACUAUAAAUGUUCAAAAUAAUGAUUUGUAUAAAACUCAAGAAAAAUCUCAUUAUAAAAAUAAUUCCGAAAAACCUACAAUAAUUGAAAGUUCAUCCUUAUUUGCCAUGCAAGAUGAAUUGGAAUUAUCAAUCAAGAAUAGAUCUCUUACACCGAAAACCUACUCUAGGAAAAACCAAAAUAAAAUGAGUAAACCUUCAUUAUUAAACAGUUCUAAAAUAGCAACACCAAAAGCAAAUUCAAUAUAUUUACCAUCAACAUAUUUUGAUGACACUAACAAUAAACUAAUAAAUUAUGAAUCAAUUUUACCAGUAACCCAAUCUCAGAAUGAAAUUAACUAUUCGAAAUUAGAAAAUAAAAUUACGAAGGAUUCAAUUUUACUUAAUAACAUAACUGUAAAAGAUGAAACUGUAGAAGAAGAAAUUCCAAUUCUACAAAAAAAUUUUUAUGAAUUAUCUAUAGAUGAGAAGAUAUCAUAUCAAACAAAAUUAACCUUUGUGACUGCUCUAGAAUUAGUGUCUAUAAAAGAAUUAAAAAAUAUACAAAUCAUUAAAGAGAAGAAAGAUGUAAUACCUAAUCAAUUUUCAUCACCACUGGUACUUACUAUUUUUUUUUUUUUUUCAUUUUUGAGACAUGAAACAGAGAAUGUUUUAUAACAAUAUUAAUAUUAUCUACCUAUUAUUGAAGUAUCUAUAAUAUGGUCAUGAUUUUCAGGAACUGUCCAUAGAUAAUGAAAAUUAUACUAACAAAAAAAUUGUCCCUACUGGUUCAGGUAAUAUUAAAUAUUAUAUUUAAAAAAGAGAAGAAACAUACUUAGUAUCCUUUAAAUUAUUAUUUUUCAGAAAUAAAAGAGCUGUCCUUCUUAUUACAAGAUUCAAAUGAUAGAAAUAACACAAGACAUGCUGCUAUGUAUGUAUAAUAACUGUUCAAUUUGGUAAAUUAAUAAUUACAUUUUUUUCUUUUUCUCAGGCCAAUUUUAGUUCCAGAAAGAUCAUCAGGAUCAUCUUUUCACCCUGGACGUAUUUGUGCACAAAAUUGUAGUGCUUGUUAUGUAAUAUUAGGUUCAAUGGACACAGUUUGUCAUAUAGCACAAGUUAAAAAUCCAGAAAAACAAAAAAUUUGUUUGGAAAGUAUGUAAAAUGUAAUAAAUAUGAAUGUUUUUUAAUGAAUAUUAGUGACUGUAAUCUACAUUUAUUUUUGAGAUUUACAAUUUGCUUACUGGUUUCAUAAGCAAUCUACCAAUAGUUAACUAAAGCAUGUGUAGUUUUAUGUUUAUUGAAUACAUUUAAAAAUAAUCAUAUUAAAUGAAAUAUUAAUAAAUAGACCAUAUGAAAUUUUUAAAAAAAAUACAACAAAAAAUAAGAAUAUAUUAUAAAAUAUUUAAAUAAAAAUACCUUUAUUUGUAGGUAUGACUAUAUUACCUACUUAACACAAUAAUAAUGACAAAUAAUUAGUCAUGCAGAAAACAGGUAUUACAUUCUUUAUGUAUCAAUAUUCACCUUAUAAUUGGUGGGUGAAACAAAUGAUAAUUUUGGGUUACAACUGAUCAAUUAUGAUAAUAUUUAAAAAAUCCUGUUUAUUGAUUUUAAUUUAAUCCAGGUAUAAUAUAAUAAUAUGAUCUUUUUAUAGUGUGUGUACACAGUUUAUAAAAAGCACAGAAAGUUGUAGGUCUCAAAAAUGAUUGUAGGUCCUCUAGAAUACCAGUAAAAUGGAUAUAGAUCAUUUAUGAAACUGGUAUCAAAAUAUUAAAAGUUACUUUUACUAUAAGAAAAAAAAAACUUUUGUACUAGUAACUUAGUUUUCCAGAUAAUUUUAAUUUAAGAGGAAAAUUAACAAGUACUAAAAUAUUUUUAAUUAAAUGUUGUUUUUUUUUUUAUUUUAGAUGUUAACCAUUUGAUAGGGCUCAAUUCAUGUUUGUGUCCGACUUGUUUUCAUAUUGUACAGAGAAAAAGUUCUGUAGCAUAUUUGUCAAAAUAUGUUUGUACGUUUAUGUCUUGUAAACUUCCUGCCUCUAAAUAUUAUAAAUCAGAAUGUGUUAAAAAAAUCAAAUGUAUGCUUAUCAAAACAGGAGUAAGUAAAGUUUUGUUAAUUUACAAAAAAAAAAAAAAAAAACAACAAAUAGAGUAUCUAAUUUGUUUAAAGAUUAAAUGUGUACUUUAAUGGUGAUCUACACAGUCUUGUGUCAAUAUUGCCCAUAUUAGUUGACUUUAAAGUUUAUUAUUAUAGGUGAUAUGUUAUUUCUGUAUAUUGUGUAGUAAAUAGUAAUUUAUUAAUUUAUCUUUUUGUUGAUUUUAGGUCAAAAUUAGAUCCUGGGCUAAUAAUACAAAUUUGUUACCUACAUGCAAUACUCAUCAUGAUGAGGUGUUAUAUUAGUUAAUUUUAUUAUUGUCAUUAGUUUUUAGAUUCAUUUAACAUUUCAUAUUAAUAAAUAUUAUUAAAUAAUUUGUUCUUAGAUACUGAAAGUUAUUCAGUGCCAAUUGUGUGGAAAUCAAAGUACUCAUAAGAAGAUUUUAGAAAUAUCAGAACUUGAAGAUUUUAAUAAAAGUCUUAUUGAAGAUGGAAUUCCAAUUACUCUAGAUACUGAUUUUUUUAUUUGCAAAUCAUGCCAUCUUUAUUUAUUAUGGAAAAAUAAUAAAUUAUCAGAUUCAUUGAAUAAACCAAAAGAUAUUAGAGAUCAUUGUAGUAAUGUAAUAAAAAGGUAAUAAUUAUUUUCCAAAUUAUUGUUAGAUUAUAGUAAAAUGUUGAUAAAUCAUUGUUUAUAAAAUAUUAUAUUUUAAAAAAACAUUAGUUUUAGAUUUUUAUAUGCCUAUGGAAUAUAAUAUUUAUCUAUACUAAAUACUAUAAUUACUAUUUAAUAUAUAUAUUAUAUAUUUAUUUUAAUAUUAUAAAGAGUGAAGAUUUGUAUUUUUGUAUGAUGGUUAUGAAUAAACUCAAAAAUUACUAAACCAAUUUCAAAAAUUCUUUCACCAUUCACUACAUUAUCAGGGAGUAUCAUGGGCUGUAUUUUAUUUAAAAAAAAAAAAAUUGAUUUCCUUAAGAAAAUUUCAAUAAUUAAGUAUUUAGGUAUUUUUGGUGAAUGAAUAUCUUUCCACAUAUUUGUUUUUAUUUAUUACUAGUCAAAACUAAAAGGAAUAUAGGUAAUAAAAUAAACAAAAAUUGGCAUAGACAAGGCUUGGCAGGACAGCUAGUUAUUUAUAAAGAAAUUGUAAAUUAGUUUGGUUUGCUUUAAAUUGACCUGUUUGUAAAUAAAUUGAUAGUAACAUAAUUAUAUAUUUUUAUGAAUUUGGCCAUUAUUGGAUUUCACUCAGUUAAUAGGUAUUUGUUAAACUUUUAUUUAAAAAAAAAAAAAAAUGUUUAUUAUGAUAUUCAUAAUUAAAAACCAGAUUAUUUUAUAUUUACCUUCAGUGUUUACAAAUUAAUUAUUAAUUUAAUUUUUAGUAUGUUUUUUUUUUUUUUAAAAUUGUAUAUUGGAUUUAUAAAUAUAAAUCCCGAAUUUUGUUUUCUAUAUUUUUAGUAUACAUUAAUUUUUUUCUGCCUUUAAGAGAAAGCUCCAUGUUUUUCUUUGCAGAGUAAUCAAUAAAGAUACAUAAUUUCAUAACUUUCAUAAAGACUGUAUAGACUAAGUCACAAUAAGACUUUAAUUAUGAUCAAUUAUAUAAAUAAGUUAUAAAUUAAUUUUCUUUCUUACAUGCAGAGUAUUUGAUGUGUUCAGUACUCAAGUAAUUUUGUGUUUUUCUUUUUUAUAGAAUUUGUGAACAUCAUAAAAUCAAUAUACCUGUAUCAGUAAAUGAAAUCCUUGAAAAAAAUAUCAUAUAUACUGAUAAAAAUGUUUUGAGAAUACAAUCAAAAAGAAUACCAUUCAAGCCUAGAAGAAAGAGAAAAGUUCCUAAAAAGAACAUCAAAGGCACUCAUCAAAAUACCUUCAAAAUGUAUUCAAAAUUAAUACCAGUCAAUUCUAUUACAAAGAAUAAAGUUCCCGAAAACAAUAUUAAAGCCACAGAUGAAAAUGUUUUUAAAAAAUCAGCAAAACUAACAUCCACCAAAUAUAAUACACUUAAUAAAAUCCCUGAAAACAAUAUUACAAAUACUGCUCAAAAGACUUGCAAAAUAUACUCAAAAGUGACACCCAUGAUAUCUAAUACAGUAAAUAAAGUCUAUAUUAACAACUUUGAAGAUGUCAAGACAAUUUUUUUUAAAAUGCCUGUAAAAGUAAUGUCAACCAAAUCUAGUACAAUCUAUAAAACUCCAACAAUGAAUUCUUUUAAGACAUCCAUAAAUAAUAAAAAUGAUCAAUUGAUGGUUUUAUUUAAGCCGUCCAUCAACAAAAAUGUCAAUUGUCAAACAUUAAAUUUGCAACCUGGAAGACUUUUACCAUUAGAAUUUAUUGAAAAUCAGCCAUUAUCAACACAGCCUAAUAUAAAAUUGGUGCAUAAAAAAAAACUUUUUACCACAGAUACAGCCCUUCCACGGAAUAAUUUAAAACAAAUUUUGGAUCCACUAUCUACAAAUAAUAUACCUCUUCAAAAAGUUCAACAUAUUAAAUCUGCUAUGAAACCUGACACCCCAAAAUUGCUUUCUUGUAGUUCAAACAAAUCUAUGCCAAAACAAAAAGUGGGACCAGUUGUAGGCACGAGCAUACUGCCAUUAGCAGAUCCUCUGUCCUUGCCAAACUUACCAGAGUUUCAGUUCAAUGAUACAUUAAAGUUAAAAGUUGUAUCUGAUGUAUUUAAAUUAUAUAAGCAACUGCAAAAACCUUUUUUCAGUUCUAUAGAACUAUUUAAGUUCCUAUUAUUGCUAGAAAAAUACCGCCUACAAGGGGAGCUGAUUCAAAACAAAAAAUUUAAAUCGCCCUGUUCAUUAAAACAAAAUUCAAUAAUGAAUCAACAUAUUCCUAAGUAUAUUUUUCCUCAAUUCAAAAGAAAACGUAAUAACAAAAAUCAUUGUGAGCAACUAGGAGUAACACCAUUACAUAAAAAUGCCAUUUUACCAAUAAAUUCUCUCUAUGAUGGUAAAAUAACAAAAUACACAAAUAUGAAUACUAAUGCAAAAGUGCAGAUGAAACAAAAUUUGUCAACACCAUCCAUUCCUGUUACAACAAAAAAAGAACCAUUAAUUAAAAUCAUAAGUAUACCUAAAUCUGUUGUUGCUACAAGUAUUUGUAAACCAUCAGAAAUUAUACCUGAUAAUAACCAAAUAAUUAUUCCACCUAUUAAUACAACAAUUGAUUCUUUUAAUUCCUCCCCACUCGUUAUAUCUGAGAAUUCCACAACAGCUGCCAAAUGUAUCACAAAUAUUGAAAAUAUUGCAAUGAAAAGAGUGUAUCCACUAUAUCUUAAUUACAGUCCUGUUGAUUUGAACAUGACCAGAAAUUUCCAACCUAUUGUACCAUUAACAGUUAACUGUAAACAAAUUUCUUCAUCAUCUAAGAAGAAAGUUAAGAAUUUAAAAGUCAUUCAUACCACCCAACAGUAAAGUCCUGAAGAAUUAAGUUGAACACAAGUAAAUGCAGUCACAAUGUAAAAAACCCUAUUUCAGAUGAGUUAUAGGAGUCAUCAUAGAUAAUUGGUACUAUAAAUAAUUUAUAAUAUCAUAAAAUCACUUUAAUUGUAUUUCGAAAUGUUAUGAGUAUGGUGUUUAUCAGGUGUAUUAUAAAUUAUCUUCUAAUUUGGACAUUAUAUUAUUCUUGAUAUAGUAAAAUAUAUCAACUUAAAUAUUUUGUUACCCCUAAUAU